AUGGAGAAGUCCAGAAAGAUCUUUAUCAGUGUCGUCCUGCUUAUCGCAGCUGUGGAAAUCUGCUUGGCUCAACACUGGUCUUAUGGCCUACAACCAGGAGGGAAAAGGAAUGCCGAAAAUCUGGUAGAAUCUUUCCAAGAGAUUGAAAACAAAAUGGAAAAACUGGAGGAAAUGCAGAAGACUGAAUGCCCAGGCCCCUAUCAGCAUUCCAGGUUUAGUGAUCUGAAGGGAGCCCUGGCAAGUCUGAUUGAAGGAGAAGCUAGCCGGAAGAAGAUUUAAACCAAAGUCAAAUGGAACAAUGAACUCGGGGUAAAAUUUGAAAGCAAUGUUAAAAACAAUUCCUCCUAAGAUGACCUCUGUUUAGAUUGCAUUAUGUGAAUAAAUAUUCUGAAAUUA